ACUAAAAUCGUCUUUUACGCCGCUUUCGAUCUAUUUUUACAUUUGGCACUCUUGUUUAGCUCCAGCUUUAUUUAGUCUAUCAGUAGCGACUAGGAAAUCAAAUAAUUCGGACGUCGAAAUACCCCCCAAGACAAAAAAAAACAGUUAAAAAAUAAUAUGCUGUAUAUAAAUUACAGCAUAAAAGUAUAUUUUAUAAAAUUGCCGUUAAAAAAACCGUUUAGUUAAAACAUUCCGUUGGUUGUGGUAUAUUUGUAUUUGUUGUUAGUUUUGUACGAAUUGUAUUUUGUUGUUGUAUAUAAUAAGUUUAUUUUUUAUGAAGAAUGGUCAUGAUCGUCAAGUACUGCGGCGAUGGCGCGUCCCUGAGCGCCGCCGGCAGCAAGCGCUCGGCCGUCUCGGCUUCGGACGCCGAGUGCUUCUCGCUGUGCCUGGGCGCCGGGCCUCUGUGGUGGUCCGAUGUCCCAGCGAACGACUCGGCACCGCCCGGAGGGGUGAACGGCGGGGCUUCGAGCCCCGCUACCCCAUCCACCCCCACCCACGACGACAACAACCGAGACUUGUUGAGCGCACUACUAUGGGGCAGCGCGUCUUCGCUCAGCGGCAGCGCCGAGAGCCUCUGCUCCGACCAUCCCGCGCUGCAGACGCAGCAUCAGCAAGCGGUGGUUAACAAGAUCUUGGAGCGUAAGGAUCGGCAGCCCGUGAAGAUCGACUUCAAAAUCUUCCUCACCGAGAAUACCGUCACCCGUUGGGAAGCUGUGGUUCAAGGCAACACCAUGUUCCUGCGUCUGCCCGGAGUGCUUCAAGCCGGCAGCAAGGAGAGCUUCAUGCUGCUGCUCGAUUUCGCCGAAGAGCGCCUGCAUAUUGCUCACUGCAUAAUCUGCGUGCUGAAAUCCCGCGGCGACCGCGCCACACUCCUGCGCACCUUCAUGUUCAUGGGCUUCUCCCCUCUCCCCCCCACCGCGCCGCUCCUCCCCCCCGAUGUCGCCAACCCCGACUACAUGUUCCUGCACUACAACAUGCAGUAA